AUGAACAACGAAGCAUUUGUCAAGUUACUUAAAUUGUUGAAAAAUGCAUUCCCCAUGUGUGAAAAACUACCGACAACACAGAACGGAGCAAAGAAUAUUGUAAAGGAUCUCGGUCUUCAUUAUGAGAAGAUUGAGGCGUGCAAAAAUGAUUGUGUAAUAUAUAACAAUAAGCUUGCAGAAGCAGAGACAUGUCCUAAAUGCAAGCUUUCAAGGUGGAAGCCACAACGCACCACAAUGAAAGAAAAUAGGAAGAAGAUUAAAAAGAUUCCGUGGAAAAUUUUGCGAUAUUUUCCCCUCACACCGAGACUUCAACGACUGUUUAUGUCAUCUAAGACAGCUCAAGCUAUGAUAUGGCACUUUGAAGACCGUGUGAAAGAUGGUGUUUUGAGGCAUCCAGCAGAUGCAGAGGCAUGGAAACAUUUUGAUCAAAUUCAUCCAUUAUUUGACGACGAGCACCGAAAUGUAAGACUUGGCUUGGCAACAGAUGGAUUUAACCCUUUUGGAAAUAUGAGUCCUAAUCGUAGUACUUGGCCUAUUCUGUUAUUCCCAUAUAACCUUCCUCCAUGGAUGUGCAUGAAAGAGCCUUACACCUUCUUAUCCUUACUCAUACCAGGACCAAGGGGUCCCGGCAAUAAUAUUGAUGUUUACCUCGAACCGUUGAUCGAUGAGUUGAACAUUUGGUGGGAACAUGGUGCAGAAACAUAUGACAUAUAUACAAAGCAAAAUUUUCAGAUGUGA